AUACCUCACCAGCAAAGAGUGUACAACAGGCAGCAAUUGUGGGAUACAUUCCUCACUCAAAACGUCUUUCUGUAUGCGUAAAACGCCGCUGGAAUAGUUUUCGGUGUCAUAUUCUGGAUGCAUGCGACGUUGACCUUCAUAUGUAGAUUUUCGGUCAUGUAUUUGUAGUGUACAUUAUGUGCAUAUGGAGAAUAUUUUUUAUCUCUUCCGUAUUUCUGGCUGUCUAGAUUUGGAGUCUACAGAGAAGGGAACUGUCGCCACUUUUCGACCAACGCUUCGAAUAUUUUAUUUUGAGAGCACAAUUGGAAACAUUUGGAAAUUCUGACGUGGUUUAUAUUUUGACUUUUCACGGUUUCAGCCUAGUUGGGUGAAGGGGCCGUUUUUCAAUCCACACAUAUCGCUCCCUUUCCAGUGUUUCGUUUUGCACCGUUCAAUUGUAGGCGGCUAUCCUAAAAACUUGAACAGAACAUUUUCUCAGAAAUACACUUUUCGUUUGAUCUGAUGUAUUGUGCGAUGCAGUGCAUAUAUACAAUUAUGAUGUAUUAUUCUUAAAAACGAGGAUUUUGGAGGUCAUCAGUGGCAAUCAUAAUGGCAAACGACGACAACCGCUUUAUAGUGGAAAAGUACAUUUGUCACAAACUCUUGAAACGAGGAUAUGCGUGGGAUUUCGAGGAUGCCGAGGAGGAGGAAGGUGCUGCUAAUAAUGGGUCGAUGAUUUCUCCUCGGCCGGGUUUGGCUCGGCGGUGCCACGGGGCCAAUAACGGCGGACCGGGCAGCGUCCCUCGUCUUUCCAAAUGGCUCUCCCAACCGGACCCGCAUGCAGCUAUUCACAGAGUUUUGCGUGAGGCCGGGGACGAACUCGAAAGACUGUACCAGCCCGACUUCGCAGAGAUGUCACACCAGCUGUAUCUCACAUCCUCCACGGCUGAGAGGAGAUUUAGAGAGGUGAUAGACGAGCUGUUCAGGGAUGGGGUUAACUGGGGACGGAUUAUCGCCUUCUUCGAGUUCGGGGGCACAAUAUGCGUGGAAUGCGUGAACAAGGAGAUGACGUCGCAGGUGGAUCACAUCGCGGUGUGGAUGACAGAGUAUCUAAAUGGACCACUGCUCAACUGGAUUCAGGAGAACGGGGGAUGGGAGGCCUUUGUUGAGCUCUAUGACAGACAGAGGGACUCGGUGUUCUGUUCGUGGCCGUCCAUCAAGACCGUCUUCGGCCUGGCUGCACUGGGGGCCGCAAGCCUUACCAUCGGAGCAUACCUUACACAGAAGUGAAGGAGUUCUCCUUUUCUCUCCCUCUCUUUUUGUCCUCCCUCCCUCUUGCUACUUUCUCUUUUCAAAGGCAGCCCUGCCCCCUCCGAGACAAUCCCGAAUCCCCAACCUGCAUGUCUUCAAAGCCUCUCUCUCGCUCUCUCUCUUUCUCUCCCUGUUCUCGAAAAAACUCCCUCUUUCUUAACCCUCACUUCAUAAAACAAAGGCCCAAAUCAAACAACAGCAGGAAACAGAGUCACUGCCCAGACAGAAGAAAACAUGUAAUGAAACAGUCACUGCCCACAGAGAAGAAAACAUGUAAUGAAACAGUCACUGCCCACAGAGAAGAAAACAUGUAAUGAAACAGUCACUGCCCACAGAGAAGAAAACAUGUAAUGAAACAGUCACUGCCCAGACAGAAGAAAACAUGUAAUGAAACAGUCACUGCCCACAGAGAAGAAAACAUGUAAUGAAACAGUCAUUGCCCACAGAGAAGAAAACAUGUAAUGAAACAGUCAUUGCCCACAGAGAAGAAAACAUGUAAUGAAACAGUCAUUGCCCACAGAGAAGAAAACAUGUAAUGAAACAGUCAUUGCCCACAGAGAAGAAAACAUGUAAUGAAACAGUCACUGCCCACAGAGAAGAAAACAUGUAAUGAAACAGUCACUGCCCACAGAGAAGAAAACAUGUAAUGAAACAGUCACUGCCCACAGAGAAGAAAACAUGUAAUGAAACAGUCACUGCCCACAGAGAAGAAAACAUGUAAUGAAACAGUCAUUGCCCACAGAGAAGAAAACAUGUAAUGAAACAGUCAUUGCCCACAGAGAAGAAAACAUGUAAUGAAACAGUCACUGCCCACAGAGAAGAAAACAUGUAAUGAAAGCCGUGCCGUUUAACUGUAAUCACAGAAUGUUUGGAGAGACAACUGAGGGCUUGACAAGAGAGGAGAGGAGGGGCGGGUUGGCAUGUGUCCUUUUUGUUCGGCCUGCUUCAGUACUAGUUGUAGCAUGAAACCUUUGUGUGCUCGUGUAGAUUUGUGUAGCAUGUGUCGGUGUGGCAAAAGAAAGCAGAUAUUGCACCUGAGGCCUCCCUUGAAGGAUUUACUAAUAGGAGUGCAAGGACAUUGAUAGGAGUGCAAGGACACCUCGCUUGCACCAAGGUGAUGGCCCCGACCCCGGUUGUUAGGGCGAGGAGCUCUUUUUGAACUGUGUGCCCCCUUCAACCCACCUUCAAAAGGACUUCCUCCACACAACAGCAGCUCUGAAUGUAUAAUGGAAGGAGUUCGCCACUAACCAGAACGGUGUGUCUGUCCACCCACCGCUUCUACAGUGCAAUAUACCAGGAGCAUCACUCAACUCUGAACACACAGCAUCGUUAUAAAUACAUGUAUAGAUACAAGGUCUCAUCAGAACGCCAUCGAGGUGCCACAGAUGCAGCUUGCCCUGCAGAGAUCUGAGAGAGAGCUGUUGGACUGUACAGUGGAGCCUCUUUCUUUGCAUUUGACCCAUAUGAAAUGUAAUAAGAGAGGAUAGAGGGAGGCAUUGUAGAGAGGAAAGAGGGAGGCAUUGUAGAGAGGAUAGAGGGAGGCAUUGUAGAGCGGAUAGAGGGAGGCAUUGUAGAGAGGAUAGAGGGAGGCAUUGUAGAGAGGAUAGAGGGAGGCAUUGUAGAGAGGAUAGAGGGAGGCAUUGUAGAGCGGAUAAAGGGAGGCAUUGUAGAGCGGAUAGAGGGAGGCAUUGUAGAGAGGAUAGAGGGAGGCAUUGUAGAGAGGAUAGAGGGAGGCAUUGUAGAAAGGAUAGAGGGAGGCAUUGUAGAGAGGAUAGAGGGAGGCAUUGUAGAGAGGAUAGAGGGAGGCAUUGUAGAGAGGAUAGAGGGAGGCAUUGUAGAGAGGAUAGAGGGAGGCAUUGUAGAGAGGAUAGAGGGAGGCAUUGUAGAAAGGAUAGAGGGAGGCAUUGUAGAGAGGAUAGAGGGAGGCAUUGUAGAGAGGAUAGAGGGAGGCAUUGUAGAGAGGAUAGAGGGAGGCAUUGUAGAGAGGAUAGAGGGAGGCAUUGUAGACAGGAUAGAGGGAGGCAUUGAAGGAGUGAAAAGCAGGUUAGUUAGAGCUUUUGGCAGCCCAAACCCCUGUUUUAUCAAUCAAAUGUAUUUAUAAAGCCCUUUUUACAUCAGCCGAUGUCACAAAGUGCUCUACAGAAACCCAGCCUAAAACCCCAAACAGCAAGCAAUGCAGAUGUAGAAGCACGGUGGCUGAGAUAAACUCCCUAGAAAGGCAGAAACCUAGGAAGAAACCUGGAGAGAAACCAGGCUAUGAGGGGUGGCCAGUCCUCUUCUGGCUGUGCCGGGUGGAGAGAAACCAGGCUAUGAGGGAUGGCCAGUCCUCUUCUGGCUGUGCCGGGUGGAGAGAAACCAGGCUAUGAGGGAUGGCCAGUCCUCUUCUGGCUGUGCCGGGUGGAGAGAAACCAGGCUAUGAGGGGUGGCCAGUCCUCUUCUGGCUGUGCCGGGUGGAGAGAAACCAGGCUAUGAGGGAUGGCCAGUCCUCUUCUGGCUGUACCAGGUGGAGAUCAUAACAGAACAUGGCCAAGAUGUUCAAAUGUUCAUAGACGACCAGCAGGGUCAGAUAAUAAUAAUCAGAUGUUACUGACAGAAAGUGAAAAAAUAUUAUCCCACCUAGCUGGGUUUCUGGCUUAGUCGAGAUCAGAGUGGGAUAGAGGGAGAGAGGUAAAUAGAGAGAAAGAAAGAGAACGUGUGAGAAAUAAAAAAAAGAGGGAGGAAGAGAAGAGAGAAAGUCAACGUGGGUACAGAGAAAGAGAACAAUGAGUUUUAGGAACAUACAAUGCUUGGGGACAAACAUAAGAGGGACAGUGAGCCUCCCUCUCCAGAAGCUAGACACUCUCAGUCUCAUCUGCAGGAUGAACUGACUCUCCCAGAAAGGCAUGGAUCAGUUUGGCCUCACGUCACUCACUCACUGUGUCAGCAUUUUGGAUGUCUCUGACUGCCUCCCGUUGUAGUACUCUUUAUCUUCCUCUCUAGGUUUCUCUCUCCCCCUCUUGCCUGUAUAGUAUGUCCAGAACUCAUGGCCUCACCCAAGCCAAGCCACUGCUGUAUGGGGACUGAACCAAACCGCCAAUUCUCCUAGAACAUGUGACCUCCAACUGCUACUGGUGCUGGGCUCUUAGCUAGGGGACAAAGAGACCCUCCCCACGGGCCACGUUAAUGGUUGAUUCCACAUUUAGGAUGACCAUGUUGGAGACACAGUAAAUCCCAGUGUGCACCUCUCACAGUAUCUCGAACCGUAUCAAACUCUCACAGCAAGAAGAAUCCCUGUUGGACUCUGUACUGUGUUGGAGUGAAGUGGUGUCCAUUGCAUUCCCAGUAAACUGAGAUAUUUGAGCACCCUUUGCGAGGUUGGCACCGGCUGGCACAGAGCGCAACAUCUCGUCAGAGUAAACAAUCAUUUCCAACAAUGUUUUAUGUGUUUGUCUAGCGUUUCGGAAAAGCGUAGGGCUCUAUUCAAACCGUGUCGCUGAAGCGUUACAGAUGGCGUGACAGAAACAUGAAGGUCAUUUCUGAUUGAGCCGACAUAUACAGUGUUUACCGUGAAUGCAGCCUCCGCCAACAAGGGAACGUUACCUUUACAUUUCAAUUAGGCUUUUCGUGCUGAACUCUGGAGAUCUGGAUUGAAUAUAGCCCUUACUAUUCAUAUGUACUCUCUUGCGCUCUCUUUCACACACACACACACACCGUAUGUUUAUGUAGAUAAGUGUAAAGAGCAUGUUGUUGAUCCAUCUAAAUUCCGUGUAGACUGUCAUGUGUAGACUGUCAUGUGUAGACUGUCACUUUUGUUUUAACAAAAAAUCAAAAACAAAUCUCAUUCUUCUUUAAUGUCUUCUUACAUCAAUGCAAAAAAAAAAAAUGCAAAAAAAAAAAGAAAGUUUUCCCAGAAUGAAUAUUCACUAUGUAUACCCAUAUCUACUGUAUAUCAGAAUAGGACAAAUGAUACAUAGACCAACUUCUGAUUUGUAUUUAUUGAGAGGUACCAGAACACACAUAUUUAAAUCAUAGAUGGGACAACAAGUUAAGAUCAUGGAGACACUCAAGUGUCUAGAGAAAUGGUAUCUUUAGUUUUAUUAAUGGAACAAUACACUAUUUGGGGCUGCUAUUGUAUCGAACGUAACAUUGAAUAGUGACUUUCUGUGUAAGACGUGUUAAUUUUGGCUUAUCGCUGCUAUACUGUAUAGUCCUGAUUUAACUUAACUCACAGCUUCAAACUGCCACACAGAUACAGUAUCGUUAUAGAAAGCUGUAAACCAAAGUUAACCUGUAAGUAACAUUGUGUUAAUAGGAUGUGAAGAUGUAGCAUGAAGAGAUAAACACAUGCCAAUUCACUUUCACUCCUUUGAAAGAGUGUCAGAGUCAGAUUUUGCAGGAUUUCUGUGGAAGGGUUGUGGUAAAGAUGAGUCCCAAAUGGCAGCCUAUCCCCUUUAUAGGGCAUUACUUUUGACUCGGGCCUGUGGGGCUCCAGUAAAUAGUAGUGCCCCAUGUAGGAAAUAGGAUAUCAUUUGGGGCACAGUAAAUAUUAGCCUGCUUGGGUGUUGCUCAUAACGUUUCAGUAGAUACUGUGGCACCCAACUGUAUAUAUGGUCACCUGUGCUUUAAUGAUAUGUAUGUAUGGUGAUUGUUAAUUAACAUAGUUAUGAAUUCAUUCUCAAGUGUAUGUAGUGGCACAUCUUGUGCUUUUUACCUGCUAGAUUAUAUCAUCUUAACCACGGGCACUAUUAUUUUUCUAUAAUAACAUUAGUUGUGAAUCCCCCCCCCCCCUACUCGUGAUAAACCCUCAAUGGAUAUGUACAUAGGCACAUAUAAAAUCAUUGUUUUCAGUACUGUAGUCUUGUCCAGACCUUUUAGAUAAUGACUCAUUAACCUGUUCAUAAUUCAAAGAUGAUGUGAUGGUUUUCUCAGAUCCCCUACUGUAAUGCUGUUUAAAUGAUUGUAACCUACAUGACACCAUGGGUUGUAGCAUUGUAAAUAGAAUCCUCAGCCUGUGGCACUUAAAAAGGUGAAAGGAAAUGCCGUUACCAUUGUUUACUGCUAAGUAUGUAUUCACAAUAAGCUAGCUGGGAUCAUGUUGUUCCCAAUAAACCACAUAUUUCCUGCA